AUGUUAUUCGUGUUAUUAGUCCAAGCAGCUGUUCAGUUGACAAUAAGGGCACAAGGUAACCUUACAUCAUAUGGCAAAGCUUCACAAAGUACUUUGUUUGGUGGAAGUAAUCCACAAGGUGCAAUACUUCCACCCAUAACGAAUAACUAUACUGUGGCCUCAUGUUCAACCACAAACACGGCCGGUGCGCCAAAAAAUGCAUGGUGGAGAUUUCAAUUCUCUUUCGAAUUUACAUUCAUCACAGAAAUAACAAUUUACUACAGAAAAAAUUAUGAUUAUCGCAUGGAUGGGUUUAAAUUAUAUGUGACCAACACAACAACUAUUCCACCUGUUGGAUACCUCUGUUAUGAAGAUUCUGAUCCUGGUCUCCCAAACAUCACUCAGAAUAUUCCCUGUAAUCAACUUGGAAAAUAUGUCAUUUAUUAUGAUGAUAAAGGAGAUGUCGAAACAAACACCGGACCUGUAGUUGAACUGUGUUACGUUGAAAUUAUUGGUUGUGAGAAAGGUAUGUGGGAAACAAACUGUUCUGAAUCAUGUUCUUCUGUAUGUAUAGACCAACAUUGUCAUCCUGGAAAUGGUUCCUGUGUUUGGGGGUGUGACGAACAGCAAUGUUUAAAUAAAAAAUGGGACAAACAAACAGGUGUUUGUACUGAAGGAUGUGUUAAUGAGACCUCACGGAUUUGUAAUUGUACCAAUUGUACGUCGGUAUUUUAA